CUCGUCACCAUCGUCAAUCUGUCAAUCGUAUGGAUUGAUUGUAUAUAAUCAUUCUUUAUGUUAAAAAUAUAGCAGUCAAGUAUUUCUUUUGUGCUUAUUAAACAAUAUAAUUGUAUAAAGUGGCGUAAUUCAAAAUAAGAAAUGUCGAAGUUCGAGGAUAAUCCAUUUAGUGAUCCUGCCAUAGACAAUCCCUUUGCGGAUCCAUCGGUGCAGCAAGUGGCUAGAAGUACAAACAAUGCCACUCAGGGUCUGGACGACUACAAUCCCUUUGACGGACAACAAAAUGCAAAUCAGGCUACGCCCUCCCAGCCAACACAACCCGCGAUAAUGCAGGCAGUCUCUCCACCCAUCGGCGGCCAGUAUACGAGAUCAAAUCAACCACAACAGAGUCAAAACCCACCACAAAACUUCACUACAGCUGACUUUCAAGAGCUAAAGAAACGGCAAGAGGAAUUAGAACGCAAAGCUGAAGAGUUAGCCAGGCGUGAAGCUGAACUCAGAGCAGGUUCGGCUGGUAGAAGAAAUAAUUGGCCACCUCUACCCGCCUUCUGCCCCAUUCAGCCAUGUUUCUAUCAGGACAUAAAUGUGGACAUCCCGUUGGAGUUCCAAAGGAUUGUUCGACAUUUGUAUCACCUUUGGAUGUUCCACGCUCUGGUUUUGGCGUUGAAUAUAAUCGGUGGGCUGUCGCUACUGUUCGCCGGCCAAGGCUUCACAGUCUUCGGCCUGUCCAUACUGUACUUCGUGCUGCUGACUCCGUUCAGUUUCAUCUGCUGGUACAGACCGAUCUACAAGGCGUUUAGAAGCGACUCCUCGUUCAACUUCAUGGUCUUCUUCUUCAUAUUCCUCUUCCAAAUUAUUAUAACACUGGUGCAGUCUAUUGGAUUCAGCGGUGGAGGCUCUUGUGGACUGAUUACGAGCAUCGCUGUGUUUAGAGAGAAUAUCGGCGUUGGGAUCGUGACUCUGAUUGUCACCAUUGGCUUCAUCACGGCCGUCGUAGCUGACGUCAUGCUCAUCACGAAGGUGCACCGCAUCUACCGCUCGACGGGCGCGUCGCUGGCGAAGGCGCAAGCCGAGUUCACGACGGAGAUCCUGCGCAACCAGCACGUGCAGACCGCCGCCUCCAGCGCCGCCGCCGCCGCCGUCAACGCGCAGAUCGCCUCCGCCAACCGAUACUAACGCCGGCCGACGGUAUAAAACAGUGACAAUUAUUAAUCAGCGUCACCUGUGUGGAGGAUACAUAAUAAUAACGUAAUCGACAUUAU